AUGUGUGGCAACUACGGUGGAAACUCCUGUGGGGGCUGUGGCUCCGGCUGUGGCUGCGGUUGUGGAUACGGCUCUGGCUGCGGAUGCGGCUCUUGCGGUGGCUGUGGCUCUGACUGUGGAUAUGGCUCUGGCUGCGGCUCUGGCUGUGGAUACGGCUCUGGCUGCGGCUGUGGCUGUGGAUACGGCUCUGGCUGUGGAUGUGGCCCCGGCUGUGGAUACGGCUCUUGCGGUGGCUGUGGCUCUGGCUGUGGAUACGGCUCUUGCGGUGGCUGUGGCUCUGGCUGUGGCUCUAACUGUGGAUACGGUUGUGGAUAUGGCUCCCGCUAUGGCUGUGGAUAUGGCUCUGGCUCCUGUGGCUCCCGGCCACUUUGCUACAGAAAAUACUAUACCUCUUGCUGA